CCUUGGCCAUUUGAAACACGGCGGGAGAGCACCUGUAUAAAGCACUCCGACGCUCAAGUAAGUAUGUGAGUUAUAAAAGAAUAAAGAAUAAUAAGUAAAAAUGAGUUCUGUGACCUCUUUCUCCUGAGCUAUUGGAGUUUGGUUUUAUAGAUGAAUGUCGUGUUGUGCAUUGCCUGUUUGUUCUAAUAUUAGGGGCUCAGAUGGUGAGUUCCGUUGUUGUUAAUAACGGCUAGGAAAUAGUGUUUGACCUGUAUGAUUUCGGUCAAGUGGUUGCUUCAAUUGAGUGUUGGCUUCCGGAUUUUAAGGUCGGUUUCGAUUCUGAUCUCAUCUCUGAGUUUAUAGGGUACACAUCAUAGCCCCCAAGCUUGUCUGUCUCUGUGUCUUAAGUGGCAGGCAAGCUUUUUUUGUAAUUUUUGUUUUGUUGAUUGUUCGAAGUUGGGCUCUAGUUGUUGGACUUAUCCUUAUGGAAAAAGGUCAAGGGGAGUCAAAAGGUUUUCUUGCUUUGCUUGGCGCGCUGCGAUUAAUGCGCUUCUUAUUCGUUUGGUUUUUCGAGGUUUGUAGCAGUUAAGUUUCGGUUUAUCCACUAAGUUAGUGGGUUUGGUAAUAGCAUUUGAUUUCUUGUUUUGGGACUGGUGCUUUGUUUCUUCAUCUUCUGUCACUCAUACCCUCGACUAUGACUUCGAAAGGUUAGUUCUUCCGUCUGCACUCGUUCUUUGUUUUUGUUUUGUUAUGGCGAGGGAGAAAGAUAAGAAAACGGCUGUGGAGGAGAAGAAAAAUAACCCAUACCACUGGGUUCAUGAUGAUGUGAAAACUCGAUCGUCUUCAUAUGUUGAUUCUGCGUCCUUGCAUGAAUUCGAGGGUUUGAAGAUCGUGAAAGAAGGUUCUGGUAUAGGUGUUGAGUUACUGCCUUGUUUGAGUGAGGAUAGGGUAUUUGAGAGGAGAGGGGAUUGGGAGCAUUUUUAUAUGUAUACGCCUUACUUGUUGGAGUUAGGUGUUAAAUUUCCCUUUUAUGCUUUCGAAUGUGACGUCCUUACUCAAUUGAACUGUGCGCCAUCUCAGCUACACCCUAAUUCGUGGGUGUUUCUUCGUGCUUUUGAGUGUCUGAUAGAAUUCUUGUCUUUUCCUUGUUCCCUUUCUUUAUUCUUCUCACUGUUUCAGUCUAAGGGGGUUAGGAGAGGGCAAUGGGUGUAUUUGAGUAGCUUUCCCGGUUGUUCUCUCUUCUUACUUUAUAAAUCUUCUUUCAAAAAUUUUAAAUCUUUGUUUGUGAAAGUCCGGUCGAAGGAGGCCGAGUACCCUUUUUAUCUUGAUGACGAGCUUAUAGAGAGGUUUCCGUUGUAUUGGUGUUCGGAACCUUGCCAAAUCCUUGAGGCUAUUGAGCGGAGCGUGGAUGAGGAAUGUUUGUUAGAAUUUUUAAUAAAGUGUUUUGCUGAUGGUGUGUGUUUGUCUAUACCCGAACUCCUUCGUUUACAUGAUGCUGGUGAUAGUGAGGGUCUGAGGUCUUAUAUAGGUAAUGAUGUUGUUGUUUUCUUGUUAUUUAUUUUCUUUAUUUAUCUGACUGAUGAUCUUUGUGUAGGUGGGCGAGCUCCUUUGCUUGAUCCUUCUAAAUUUCAAUCAUUCUUAAAGAAGAAAAAGGAAAAAGAUGCUCGUGUUUCUGGGGUUGUCAAGGAGGCUGGUGGGGAGGCUGCUCAAUCCGCCGCUCAGCCUACUUCAUCAUUCAAGAGAAAAAGGGUGGAAACUGACCAGUCCCUUGAGGUUAUUUCUGAGGGUGAGAAGGACGAUGCUGGUAGCGGUAGAUCUGUGUUUGAUCGCCAGAGGUGGCUGCAUGGGUUCAUUCCUGGGACGAACACACACUCUUUGUGGAGUAAUCAAUUUCCCAUUGCCGAGCUCUCAGAUAGGGUUUCUCAAUACCCUGGCGAUAUGCUCAUGACUCGCCGUAUUGGUAUGGAGGGCAUAGGAAAAUUUAUUCAGAUCGUUGCCUCGCGUCUUAUGUGUGUCGGCCGAACGACGGAACUGGUUGGGGCUGAGCAUCAGGUCACUGCCGGGAGGGUCGCUGAACUAGAGAAGUUAUUGAAGGAAAAGGAUGUGGCUAUAGAGAGAGUUCUGAAGGAGAGGGAUGAGGUGGCCACUAAGAUGAAGUCGUCUGAAGACGAAGUCACCCGUCUCAGAGACCAGAUCCGACUUCUGCAAUCUGAGAUUAAGGAUAGUGAUUUGGCUAAAGGGCAGUUGACUUCCCGAGUUCAUGAGUUAGAGGAGUUGGGGAUGGAAAUGUUUGCUUCAAGCUUUAACCGGGCUGUUAGUCAAAUUGCAGCCUUGGCACUUGAGUUUGAUUGUGCUCGGCUGGAUGUGACAAAAAAUCGUGAUUGAUGGAAAGCUGGUGGUAGAUGGCACGGCGGAGGAUCAUGAUGAGAACGUCCCACCUACCUGACAUGUUUGUCUUCUUUAGACAUAUUUCAUUUUUUGUUUGUAAUUAUAACUCUUGUUUUGCCGAGCUAUGGUCGGUUUGAUAUUUUGUGAACACUUGGUUCUUGUUUUGACUUAAGUUAUGU